CACCCCGUCGUCCACUCGUUCGUCGCUGCUGCCUCCUCGCUUCCUCCUCCAGCACUCCUCCUUGCCUCCCUCCUCGAUUGCGCCCCGCCAAUCCGCGCCCGCCGCAGUAUAAAUCCGCCCGCGCGGAGCCCCCGCUGCCUUCCCACCCAGCUCCGACCGCAACCCUAUCCGCGCGCGCCGGCAUGGGCUAGGGUUCCCGCGGGCCGCGGCGAUGGAGUGGGACAGCGACUCCGACGGCGGCGUCGGCGGGGAUGAUGAGGAGGAGGAAGAGGAGGAGGUCCGGAUCGGGGGCGGGGAGGGGGGCGCGUCCCCGGGGUUCGCGCUGGCCAUCGAGGGCGUGCUGGGGGCGUGCGGGAUGGUGGUCUCCGACGCGCUCGAGCCCGACUUCCCCAUCAUCUACGUCAACCGCGGGUUCGAGGACGCCACCGGGUACCGCGCCGAGGAGGUGCUCGGGAGGAACUGCCGGUUUUUACAAUGCAGAGGACCAUUUGCUCAGAGGAGACAUCCCCUUGUUGAUACUGCAGUCGUUUCUGGGAUUCGGAGAUGUUUAGAGGAAGGGACUGAGUUCCAGGGUGAUCUGUUGAAUUUUAGAAAAGAUGGUUCCCCUUACAUGGCAAAGCUGCAAAUAACACCCAUAUACGGAGAUGAUGACAUGAUAACACACUAUAUGGGCAUUCAGUUUUUCAAUGAUUCCAAUGUGGAUUUGGGGCCCUCGCCUGGCUCUGUAACAAAGGAACUUGCGAGAUCUACAUGGAUUGCACCAGAUAACACUCCCCCACCGACCUCAGUGGGCAAGGGUAAUUUCUGGGAACAUUCUAGUCUCUUCCUACUGAGUGAUGAGGUACUGUGCCAGAAGAUCCUGUCAAAACUGUCACCCAGGGAUAUAGCAGCUGUAAACUCUGUUUGUAAGCGACUGUAUCACAUGACGAAGAAUGAUGACCUUUGGAGGAUGGUUUGUCAGAAUGCAUGGGGUGGUGAGGCUACUCGAGCCCUUGAGAUUGUGGCAGGAUCAAGAAAUUUGGCAUGGGGACGACUAGCGCGAGAGUUGACCACCCUGGAAUCUGUUGCCUGGAGGAAAUUGACAAUCGGUGGCACAGUAGAGCCAUCUCGCUGCAAUUUCAGUGCUUGUGCUGUAGGCAACCGUGUUGUCCUUUUUGGUGGAGAGGGUGUUAACAUGCAGCCGAUGAAUGAUACUUUUGUUCUGGAUUUGAGUGCCAGCAAGCCAGAAUGGAGGCACAUCAAUGUGAGCUCAGCUCCUCCUGGUCGCUGGGGCCAUACCUUAUCAUGCCUAAAUGGAUCACGGCUGAUUCUGUUCGGUGGCUGUGGGGGGCAGGGGCUACUGAAUGAUGUCUUCAUUUUGGAUCUGGAUGCACAGCAUCCAACUUGGCGUGAGAUUCCCGGCAUUGCACCACCAGUGCCACGGUCGUGGCAUAGCUCUUGCACAGUGGAUGGUACAAAGCUGGUUGUUUCUGGUGGUUGUGCUGACUCUGGUGUUCUUCUCAGUGAUACCUACCUCCUAGAUGUUACAAUGGAAAAACCUGUUUGGAGGGAAAUACCUGCAUCUUGGACUCCACCUUCUAGACUUGGGCAUUCUCUCUCUGUUUAUGACGGCAAGAAAAUAUUGAUGUUCGGUGGUCUUGCUAAAAGUGGCCCUCUACGGCUCAGGUCUAGUGAUGUGUUCACUCUAGAUUUAAGUGAUGACAACCCAUCCUGGCGGUGCAUCACUGGCAGUGGGAUGCCAGGAGCUGGUAAUCCUGCUGGAGUUGGCCCACCUCCUCGCCUUGAUCAUGUUGCGGUGAGCCUUCCUGGAGGAAGAGUUUUGAUAUUUGGUGGGUCUGUGGCAGGUCUUCACUCAGCUUCUCAGCUUCACCUCCUGGAUCCAGCUGAAGAGAAGCCAACCUGGAGGAUUCUGAAUGUUCCAGGGCGGCCUCCACGGUUCGCCUGGGGCCACAGCACUUGUGUCGUCGGAGGAACAAAGGCCAUAGUUCUUGGAGGACAAACUGGAGAAGAGUGGACGCUAACUGAAAUACAUGAGCUUUCUCUGAUAAGCUCAUUAGUUUCAAGAUGAAAAGCUCCCAGCUUCCUUGGAGCGACAUCACUGGAGAAAGCUACAUAUUCGUGUGACUGAGGCUGAAACAUUUUUUUUUCAACAGUGGAGCUGCAGAAGUAGGGUUGGCGAACUGGUUACUCUUAUGAGGGCAGCUGUGGAGUAGCACCUGAAGCAGAUCAAACCUGAUUAUUCGAUCUAAGUCUGGGAGUUGCCUUGUCUAGAAGUAGGAAUAAGUUACCUCUGCUGCUGCUGUUGUUUGUAUGGUCUACGUUGCAAUAGCUGUCAUACAUAAGCUAAUCUCAGUUGUUCUUAUCCUGUUUCCUAAGGGAGGACUGGCGUUGUUUAGGUGGAGCCAUGCGGCGCUCCUUCUUUGCGUUUUGAUGUCGCACAUGCGACACCGCCGUUGGUGAGAAGCGAUGCGACAAUUGCUCUUUCCUGGAGAAGCUGUAACACUGUUGUAUUUAAUUUUUCCUUUUUUUGCAUUACUUUGUGCUUACCUCAGGUGAUAGUGAUACUCGCAACAUUUUCUUUUCUGUCUUGCUUAUCAAAGGAUGAAACCCAAUAAUUCCAUCUUAUUCGUACAUUUGGCGGAUGUUAGUACCGCGUUUA